CUACGCCUGAGGAGCGGAAGUGGGUUGCUUUGAGUCGGCGGAGUCUUGCUUGAGCGGGUCUCCUUAUCGGCUUGCGAAGAUUCUUCCUCACGUUAGUGUGUUGGCGGCGGCGCCUGCCGGACCAGCAGAACCCUGGGACAGGACUCGAAGAUACUGAAAUCUGCCUGGCUCCAAAUUCUUUUAAGCCAGAAGAUGAGUAACCAGCGGGCAUGAGAGGUUGAAUAUUCUACUUUGCUGCAAACCUGGGUAGAGAUCACUUCCCUUUCUGUAGGUUGGAGCCAAGGAUCAUAAUGAGUACAAGAAAGCGUCGUGGUGGAACUGUAAAUUCUAGACAAGCCCAGAAGCGAACUCGGGAGGCAGCUUCCACCCCUGAGAUUUCCUUGGAAGCAGAACCCAUAGAACUCGUGGAAACUGCUGGAGAUGAAAUCGUGGACCUCACCUGUGAAUCUUUAGAGCCUGUGGUGGUGGACCUGACUCACAAUGACUCUAUUGUGAUUGUUGACGAAAGGAGGAGGCCAAGAAGGAACGCAAGGAGGCUACGCCAAGACCAUGCCGACAGCUGCGUGGUGAGCAGUGAUGACGAGGAGUUGUCCAGGGACAGAGAUGUGUAUGUGACCACCCCCACACCCAGAAACGCCAGGGACGAGGGGGCCACAGGACUCAGGCCCUCUGGUACUGUCAGUUGUCCCAUCUGCAUGGACGGAUACUCAGAGAUUGUGCAGAAUGGACGUCUCAUUGUCUCUACAGAGUGUGGCCACGUCUUCUGUAGCCAGUGCCUCCGUGAUUCCCUAAAGAAUGCUAAUACUUGCCCAACUUGUAGGAAAAAGAUCAACCACAAACGGUACCACCCCAUUUAUAUAUGAAGUUUCAGAGCUAUUCAGGAGAGACGGAUGGACAGACAGCCCGGCUGGGCUCUUCACAUGGUAUCUGCCUUCAAUUUCCUGAGCUCAAAAAGACUGUUUCAAAACCAACAUCUGAUAUGUAAACUUCUCUUUUGUUUCUAACCCCCUUGCCCUUAGAUCCUUUUGUAAUCUCAUCUGAUGCUCUGGAGCUGGACCAGGGGCCCUCCCCAUCUGGCUCCUUAUCUUUGCUCCUCUCGGGUAGUUUCAUUCCAGAGUAGGAGAAAGAGUCAGGACAUUGGAGUUGAAAAUUGUGGUUCCAGCUUUUCUGGGCCUACAUUUGCCAAGAAGUUUCCCUGUUUGGAAAGCUUGCCCUAUCUCUCCCAGGCACACAACCUUCCUGGGUACCUGUCAGUUGACCAGUCUGUCUACCACACAGUAACCAAGCCAGACACAGUCUACUCUGCCCAAGGGUUCUAGGUGCAGCAGUGGCCCCCUGGGAAGCCCAACUACUGGACCCUCCUCUCCCCCCACCCUCCACCCCCACCUUGAGGGUCAGAGGUGACUGGUGAUUCUGCCUGCACCUUGUCUUUAUCUGCAGUGUUUUCUGCGAAUCAAGAACCUCUGCAGGGCAAUCCUGUUUCCUAAGAACGAAAGUGCAAUAAAGCCCGUCCUUUACUACUUUAUAGCAGACCAGGAGAUGUAGCACUGUUAGUGUUCUCCUCAGAGCCCUAAUGUCGCCUGUGGAGCAGUGCCCAUCCCAUUCUGUCUCUGCUUACCAACUGUUCUCAGGAACCUCACCCGUGCUCCAAAGUUCUCCACCUGGCACAGGACAUUCGAGGUCAAUAGGGCAGGCACGUAUUUGGGUGUCCUCUCUUUUCUGAUAAAAUCUGUCCUGUGUUGGCACCUGCUCUCCAGUCCUCAGUUCCUUAGUUCCUACUGCCUAUGUCUGCCCAGUGUAGAUACCAGGAGGUGGUGGCAGUAACUGUGGCCUUAUCAGCUGCUCACUUCCAUGCUUUUGCCCACGUCGCUGACACCCCUAUUUCAAAGACAUUGGCCCACUGGACCUGGCCCUGGCCCUGACUUGGCUUCUCACCUUCCCCCACAGGCAACAUUUCAGAAGCUGUUCUUCUGGCCAGCUAGGCUGUGAUUCUUUGGGCUUUUGACAGCUCUAAAGGUUAUUGGCAGAGCAUGGUGGUGGCUCUUUCUCUGCAAGGGCCUGAUGACAACCUCUGCUCCAUAGGUGUAUGGGAGCCUUGUUAACAAGGUGACCCAGACUGCCCCUGAGACACUGGGGAUGGCUAGCAGGGGAGAGGCCUCAUGUGCAGUACAGGCCAGCCUCUGCUGUCACACCUCCUUCAGAGGGCUUCAAGCCAAACCAACAGCCUUUCCAUGUGAAACACCUUCCUGGUGGGAAAGGGGCCUUUCUGGCUUUGCUAGCAAUAACUGACCUUCAGUGCACUCUUCUGAAGGAGCAGGGACUCUGCACAGAGUUCACUUUAGACAGGGCUGAAGGAGUGCCCCCUCUUCUGUGUGAAAGAAAGGUUUCAUUCUUCACUGACUUCUCUGCCACCUGGCUCACUUCCAAUUAAUUUGAAUAAGAGUCAUGAUUUUCCUUAUGGAGUUGAAAGAGGAUGUAGCUUCUGUGCUCAUUAUAGUGCUGCAUGCCUGCCUCCUGGACAUCAUGGCCAUGAAGUCCCCUCUGGGCCUCAUGGAAGUGCUCUUGUUAGGUUGUAAUGACAUCAGACUUCAAGGGCCAAGGUGACUGCGAAGCUGUCAACCCAUAGGUGUGGUGACACACAUUUAAGAUUUUUUUUGUAUUUUAUCCUUACAAGACAACUUAUGUGAUGAAUUAUAAAAGUUGCAUUACUUCAUCCUAAAUUAAAUUGCGAAAAAAGUGUCUUUAGUUUCUACUAAUGAGAAACUGCUAAUUAGGAAAAGACUGGUGUGGGGAAAAGUACCUUUCCUCACUGUACAUAGUUCAGCUCUUUCUUUGUUACAUUUAAACUGUAUCAGUGGACAUCAGUCUGUUUUGGACUCCUCUGCUAGUGUUAAAGAUGUAAAUAAAACCAUUAAUUUGGACCAAAAA